AUGACUCGAUGGUUUUUCAAACGUAGAACUUUAAGUUCUAAGCAUAAACAGCCACUGACCGUUGCUGCAGAGAAGAAGAUUGAUCGAAGGAUUGAGAAGGGUAAGAAGUUUCAGGUUUUCCCAGUUAGCGAUGACAUGUUUUUGGUUCGAGGUGACACUUUUGAAUGUAUGGUCGACUUGGUCAGACGCACAUGUUCAUGUGGGAAAUUCGAUCUGAUGAAAAUCCCAUGCAGACACGCCAUAAAAGCAGCUUUCAGCGCAGGCAUACAAGCACACACUCUCACAUACGACAUGUACACCACUGCUUCAUGGAGAUCGAUUUAUGAGGAAAGCAUAAAUCCUAUUAGUGUCCCGGAAGAUGUAUGGAUUGUCCCAUCUCACGUACAACAAGCGAAAGUCCUUCCUCCAGAAACUAGAAGAGCUGCAGGUCGCAGAAAGAAACGUAGGUACGAGAAAGUUGAAGACAAGAUCUGUUCGUCACAAGGAACUCAAAGCUCUAAACAUCGUAAAUGCAGUCGAUGUGGUAUUGAAGGUCACAACCGGUCAACAUGUGAUAGAGCAAUAUAG